UUCACGCGCACAGACAGAAACAAGCUGGAAAGGAGGAGGAGGAGGAACGGCUCGUGAUUUGUUUGUUUUUUUCCGCCUCCACAACUGGUGCGCCAUGCCGCUGAAAAACGGCAACACCGUGGCGGUGGAGAGACGCGUGGACCUGGCCUCGCUCUUCUGCAUGAUCGGGCGCCACGGUCCCGCCGUGGCUCUGGCCGUCAUAGCGGUGGUGUCCGUGGUGGCGGGUCUCGUCAUCUACCGGACCGUGAGGAGGAAGCGGAGGAAGGCCACGGCCGCCGCCGAAGGUGACUGUGACGGCGGCGGCCCCGAGGGAGACGAGUCGGUGAUCCGGGAAUCUCACGGCUCCGUGGAGUCGACAGACGUGAAUGAUGAAGGCUCAUCAGACGUGAAGGAGGAUGUGGAUCCGAUUUCGAGUGAUCUCAGAAUCCGGCACCGUCAUGUUGCUGUUGCCGAGGAGACACCUGCACCAUCUUCCCCUCCUGAGAGUGACGUCCGAUCACCAGACAUUGAGCGAGUCUCUUUGGACGGCACAGAGGAAGCAGCAGCAGUCGUGUGGGACUCUCACCAAGCAGAAGAGGCCAAUGGGAGCCCGCAGAGUGAUUCUUGCACAGAGGCUGAAAUGGUGUCGGAGGAUGCUGUCGGUCGCCAUCGGUGUGAAAGCGGUGACUCGAUUAAGGACGUGUUGGAAGAGUUCCACGAUAGCUGCUUGAAGGAGCCUGAGCCGAUUAAUGGAGAGGAGGUGUCAACAGCAGAAUGCCAAGAAGAUGAGGGCGUGACCCCGGAGAAGGAUGUUUUUGACGAGACACCCAGACAAGAGGACAGCUUUCAGUGUGCUUCGAACGAUCCGGUGUGCUUCCAACAAACCUCUCGUAUGAGUGAAAACGGUGAUGAAGCCGCAAGUAGCGUGGAGUCCAACUCGGAAGAGCCCGUCAUUCAUAUCGAAGGUGCAUCUCUUCCUAGCGUCUGUUGUGGGAAAGAUGAGGAGUUUGAGCGAGACAAUACAGAUGGCAUUGAUUUCAGUAGUUAUUCCGGCAAAGCUCGCCUCUCUCCAGAGGGGGAAAGUAGAAAUGAGAGUGAGGAGGCAGAAGAGCACCCUUUGGACUACCUGCCAAUCGGUCAACCGGCGGAGAUCUCGUCAUCAACAUUCCAACGAGAGUCAAACCUGCCACCUACGCAGCAGGAGCAGCCUGACCAUGCAAAGGACGAGGUGACGGCGCCCAUUCGGGAUAGUGAUCGGGAUGAAGAUGGUGGUCUAGCUGGUGAAGAAGUUGUUCAUGAAGACCACUUCAACGAACUUACAGCCGUCAAGUUGGACGCCACCUCGGCACAGUUCGACCAGCAAGGUGCGGAGGGGGUAAGCGGUCUUGUGUGUGAUCAAGAGGUUGGCGUUCUUUGCGAUGGUGCUGAUCAGGCGAAAGGGAAAAUGCCGACCAGCGGCAAUGACGUUGCCUGCAGCGAAGAACGUGACGGUUCAAGUGUGGUGCUCAGCCCUGCCGUGACCUUUUUGAACGUGCCCGUAAAGGCCGAUAAUCACACUGGCGCUCUGUCAGGUACCUCAAGCAUUGCUGACUUGUCAUUGGAUUGUCAGCCCCCGCAGAAAGCAGAUAAUACAGCUCCAUCUCUUGAUGAAGACACUAAUUAUACUAUUCUUGGCCCUCAAAUGCCAUCGCACAAGACAGAAAAUCUGCCUGAAAACAACGGAAAUGGCACAACCGUGGUGUUGGCUGAAGAACGCAAUGACCAAGUGUACUGCCCUCAUGUUCAAUCCCGUUAUGAAGACCAACAGACGAUAAGAAAGGAAGCUUUUGACGAGGCAAGUGUUGCUGCUGUUCUAGAUAGAGCUGCAAACGUACCUUCUGUGAUAGUUGACGAUAUAUCUUGUCCUCACCUGCAAUCCAUUUGCCAAGACCAACAAAUCGACCACGUGGAAAAGAAUGAAACUUCCGACGAGACGAGGAUCGAUUCUGCCACUGAUGCAGCUGCUUGCAACAACACUAGCUGCACUGCACUUUUAAUGUCUGAAGAACUAUCUCCUGACACGCAGUCUUCCUCCCAAGACCAACAGAGUGACCAAACAACAAAUAAUAAGGAAGAUUUUUCCGAAGUGACCGCUGCUCCCAUCCUGACGGAGGACAUAAAUCCUUCCUUGUGUCAAAUUUACUUGCCAUCUUUCGAGCAUUUUGCACUGGGGGAUAAGGACAUAUCAUCUGCUGGAGUUGGUGAAGAGAGUGGGAUUUCAAGCAUGGCCGUCAGCCCUGAUGCCGUUAACGAGUGUGACGUGAUCUUUGAAAAAAUGGUGCUUGAGGCGAUGGAUUGUGAUCUGAAGUCUGACGGCCAGACGGAGGCUCAAAGCGAUCUCUUUGCUGAUGAUGUAUCCGUCAUUGAAGAGGAUACUGCGUGUAUGGUGUUCGGGCCUUACCCAUCGCAUCCCGAGGACAUGUUUGGCCACGAGAUUGAGGACGGUUACUACAAAAUGAUAGAUCAGUUUGCGGCACAGAUUGCAGACAGCGUUACUUGCGUCACCGAAAAGCAGUCUGACAUGAAAGUUGUUGGGGAGGUUGUGGAGAGUAAAGAGAAGAAGAAAGGAGGAUGUGUUGACAUGAAGGAGGCAACAAAAGCAGAGAAGGAGAAGGAAGAGGACUACGAAAAGACUGAAAUCAGUAUCAUGGAAGCAACUAUGGACAAUAAUGAAUGGAUCAUGGAUAGUAACUACCAAGCCUUUCCCUGGAUGAAUCUUUCCGCCUUAUCUUUUGCCCAAGACGAUACAAAAAGCAACCAGUUUCCCACUGAAGAGUGCCAAUACAGCUCUGCUGCAGCAGACACCCAUUGUACGGACACAACAGAUAUCCCACCUUCUGCUGAAGUCCUACAAGCCGGCACUCUCUCCCUUGUCGACGAAGAUAUACAAAAUGUCCAGCCCAUGCCCCAGAAUGUCAAUGUGACCUUCCGCGUCCAUUACUUCACCCAAACGCCGUACCAGACGGUGGCUGUCACGGGAAACCAGCGGGAGCUAGGGAACUGGAAGGGAUUCGUCCUGCUGGAGAGAGCCAAGGACGGGCACUGGGCCACGACGGUCAGCCUGCCCGCAGAGAGCCACGUGGAGUGGAAGUUCGUGGUGGUGGACAAGGGGGAGUUGUGCCGCUGGGAGGAAUGCGGCAACCGCCUCCUCGACACGGACUCCGGGGACGAACUGCUGGUGCACAAAUGUUGGGCCCGCUUGUGAGAGGGAGAUCGGGAUGUGGUGUGUUCAGGAACCUUUGGUACCGUAUCCUGAACCAGAUAGUCAAGUUUGAUUGUUUCUACGGCCCGUCACAAGACCCAAAUGCGGAAUGGCCCCCAACACUGUAUCAUGUCAUACAUGCAUCCUAGCAUUGAUUUGGUAAAUGUGGGGGUCAUCAAGAGGAUACGUAUGUUUUUUUGGAUGUCAAGGUUGCAGAUGAUCAUCAUGAUCUAAUGGGACUUUUCUUCGAGGGUUGCUCUCUGAUAGCCAGUGACUAAGUGGAUCUUUCAGGGAACUGAAAAGAUUAUCAUCGAAAGACAGAAUCGUUGCCUAAGACGUCUCUUCCCCCCCCGUGGUUGUAUCUAUAAUUAUGCAAAUCGCACCUCUUUAAGAAAAUGGGUGACUUAAUGCAAGUGUUAAUUUGUGUAAAUGGCGACUUUACUAUAAUGUCCGUAUGCUGCUUCAGUACUCUCCAACGAUCUAUAAGAAUAAAUGCACAUGGUUCACUUUUACUACAGCAAUAAUGAAAGCAAUAACUGUAUAUUGUACACGGUAUGACUGGUGCAGGUAUUCUAUUGUUUACCACUAAACUGUGAUAUAGUUGUAACUCUGAUGCUGCUUUUAUCUGCUGGGACUGUGCAUGCAAUAUUGUCCCAUUGUUCUAUGAAUGUGCCUUUAAAACCUUUUCUUUUUUUUCAAUGAAUGUUAUAAUACGUCAAAACAAAUGUGGCUUUUCUUUUUAAAACGGCUUUGCUGGCCAUCCUUACAGUUUAGUUUCUUACAGUAUGUUUAUUUUCUCAAAACAGCUGUCACUUGUUUUUAGGUCAAGUUUCAGUGCAGGCUAUGGUCUCUAUAUCUCAGAUCAUGGCAGAGUAUCUUGUUAUGCAAUACUGUGAAGAUGAUGCUACUUUUAAUGUCAUUGAGGUGGAGUUGGUUACCAAAUAAAUAAAUAUUCCAAGUCUG